UCAGCACCAUAUAGUACUCCUCAGCUUUUCAAUUGUCCUUCUCUGAUCUCUUUCUCUGAAUAGAGAUGGGAAGGGCACCAUGUUGUGAAAAAGUGGGGUUGAAGAAAGGAAGAUGGACGGCUGAAGAAGAUGAAAUCUUGAUCAACUACAUUCAAUCCAAUGGUGAAGGUUCUUGGAGAACUUUGCCCAAAAAUGCAGGUUUGUCAAGGUGUGGGAAGAGCUGCAGGCUCAGGUGGAUAAAUUAUCUGAGGGCAGACUUGAAGAGAGGGAACAUCACUCCUGAAGAGGAAGAAACUAUUGUUAAGCUGCAUAGUGCUGUUGGUAAUAGAUGGUCUUUGAUAGCUGGAAAUUUACCAGGACGGACAGAUAAUGAGAUAAAGAACUAUUGGAACACACACUUAAGCAGAAAGCUUUACAGCUUCACUCGGACCACAAGUGAAUCCCUGUCUUCCAUUAUCAAUAUGGCUGCUGCAUGCAAGCGAAGAGGAGGACGAGGUCGAACUAGAUCAAGAUCUUCAGCCAUUAAAGAGCUCAAGGACACAGCCUCAGCUGGUAUUGUUGGAACGUCAUUACCAAAGCCUGAUCAUCAUCAUGGAGCUGGUGGUUCUGCAAAUAAUAAGAUUAGUUCCGAGGUGCUUGAUCCAGCGUCAUCCAAAGAAAAACCACAUGAUGAUCUACCUGGUACACUUCAAGAACAGGUUGAAAAGACACCAACGAUGAUGGGUAUAAUGGGUUCGUGGGGCCCCCCAGAACAGAAAGGAGAUGAUCAGAUUAGAACUAUAAACAACCUCGGUGUGCAUGGUUCUUGUCCGGAUAAUACAAAUCAGAGGAUAUUAGGCGGCCAGCAUUGCGGUAAUCUGCAUGAGAUCGGUAAGAUCAGUAGUAGUACUACUGCAGGGUUACUCCCAGUACUCCAGCACAGAGAAAGCGAGGUCUUGGAGCCGUACGAGUGGCUGGACGGUGAAAUAACGAAGCUUAGCUAUAUUCUUGAAAGUGGGUUUGUGGAGGAUACAAUUGAAAAUGCUGCCCAUCAUGAUCAUAAGGAGUUAAUUAGAGAUCAAAAGGAGAGAUCAGUAGUACUGAAUGUUGGGGCAUUAAGAUCAAGAAGAGAUCAGAAAUUAGAGACCACAAGUACUACUGAUGAUCAGGAGAUGGAGAGUAGUGUUCUGAGCUCCUCCAAUGCAGAUGGUGGGGAGUGUUACGAUUGCUCUAAUUACUCAAAUAAUAAUAAUAAUAAAAAUUCAUCAUCAGGCUUUGAUGAUGAAUUUAUGGAUUGGAAUUGGGUAGGUGGUGUUGAUGAAUGUCAUAACCAAUAUUGGGCCUUAUGGGAUGAAGGAGACAAGAUGUCGACUUCUUGUUUGUGGGAAGCUGCAGGCAGCAACAAAGGUAGUACUGAAGAAAAAUAGUAAUGUUAUCAAGCAACAGAUCAACGUACGUACGUAGGGUUUGGAUCAGUUGGAAACAUUCCAAUAUAUGUUUUUGCAAAGCAUGAAUAGUACAAU